AUGUCCAAAACUUCUAUCAUUAUAUCCAACUUGGAUAAUAACAUAUUCAUUACCAAAGGCGUGAAGGGUAUGACUGUACCUGAUUAUCUCAAAACAAGAGUAUUGCAAGAUUUCACUAAUGCUGAAAUGGAUUAUUGGUCGAAUUUACCAUUUCUUAAUCGAAUAGUGAUUAUAUUGAGAACAGAAGCAACUGCUUCGAAAGUACGGGAGCUUGUUACAGAGUUACUAAAGGAGUUAUCUGUAGAUGCACUGAUAACUCAACAAGAGAAUUUAUUGAGACGACAUAAACUGGCUGAUAACUUGGAUCGAGAGGAUUUCAACCAAUGGGAGGAAGAGAAUUCGGCUUUUAUAGAUUACAAAGAACCAGAACCUCAUCUUUCACCUAAAUUGCCAUCAGACGAUCUGAUGCUGCUGAACAAUGAGAAUGUUGAUGUUGGUGGCGUCCCAAGACGGAAGCAAUCAAUUACAAGAACUUUAUAUUCUCCUCCUCCUCUUCCAACUACAAGUACUUCUUCACUGCGUCCAGAUUUAUCUGUCAAUAUUCCUGGUGAUCGUUCGUAUUCUCCUCAACAAUCUCCAACUGUCACUAUAGAUGAGGUUUAG